AUGGUACCUUGGUUAUUUAUUGAGGCACCAGAAAUUGAUCCAAUUGUAAUCAAACGUGACUUGCAACUGGGCAUGCGGAUGCAUCUUGUUUGUGUAGUAAGUAAAGGGGACUUCCCGAUACUGAUUCAGUGGCUAAAAGAUGGAAGUCCCAUACCAGAGGACCAAGAUGUUGCCGAGAAGAUCCUAGAUGAAUACUCAAGUACGCUGAGUUUCAGCAGUCUGGCUGUAAAACAUAAUGGAAAUUACACCUGCCAAGCUUCAAAUGCUGCUGCAUCCAGGAACUACUCUGUGGAAAUAAUUGUAAAUGUGCCACCUACAUGGAGAGUGGAACCCCAAGAUAUGGAGGUAAUAGCUGGACAACAUGCCAUGCUAGCCUGUGCUGCAGAGGGGUCUCCAGCACCACAUAUUCAUUGGAUGAAGGACACAGGUUCCCUGCCUCCUCAGUAUCAGGAACUGAAUAACACAAGGAUGAACUACAAGAUUCUUCACAAUGGAAGCCUUCUGAUCCAUAGUGUGCAACCAGAUGACAGAGGAUAUUACUUGUGCCAGGCAUCAAGCGGCAUUGACUCAGGUCUCAGUAAAGUGGCAUAUCUUUCUGUUCAUGUUCCUGCAAAAUUCUCCACACACUUUACAAAUAUUACAGUACCAAAAGGAAGCACUGCUUUUCUUAACUGCACUGUGGCUGCUGACAAACCAAUAUCCAUUACCUGGUACCAAAAUAAUCAUGAACUUAAAGCUAAACAUAACCCACAAAUAAAUAUUAAAGAAGAUAAUACAAGCAAAGGAGUAACAUCAACACUCAUAUUCAAACAUGUUCGCAGAGAAGAUACUUCAUCCUUUAUUUGUGUUGCCUCAAAUAAGUAUGGGAAGGAUCAAUUAGAAAUGAAGCUUAUUGUCCAGGAAACUCCAGAACCACCUGCUAAUGUUCAUGUAAAUAACUUCUCAAGCCGAUCAGUCUCUCUCAGUUGGGAGGAGCCAUAUAAUGGAAACAGCAUCAUUGGAGCUUACAUAGUGCAGUAUAAGAACACAACAGCAGUUCCUUGGCAUCAGAAUGUUGUCCAGGUUGUAGUUGGAGGAGAUCAGCUGAAUGUUACCAUCAAAGAUCUGAGACCUGCACAUGGUUAUCAGUUCCAAAUCAGAGCAGAAAAUUCUGUUGGUGUGUCCAAUGCAAGUGAAACAGUAACAGUGACUACAACAGAAGAAAUACCAGAGGCACCACCGAGGGACAUCAAGGUUAAAGUGAAAAAUUCCAGAACACUUCUUGUGACCUGGAGGCCACCUGACAAAAACCUACAGAAUGGAGAUAUAUUGGGAUAUUACGUUGGGUAUAAGAUCAGUAACUCAUCAGAUCCGUUCCACUACAAAACUUUUGAAGUAAUUCCUGGAAUGGAACUGCAAAAUACAUUGAAUGAAUUGCAGAAAUUUACAGAGUACAGCAUCUUAAUUCAAGCAUACAACAGAGCUGGUGCUGGCCCACGCAGUAAAGAAGUCACUGCCACAACAGAGGAAGAUGUGCCAGGAGCACCACCUACUGAUGUUAGGUGCACAGCAUUGUCUCCACAGAGAAUUUUAGUACUGUGGUCAAGUCCUCCAGAAUCUGCUAUUAACGGAAUACUGAAGGGUUACAAAGUACUCUACCGCUCACUGGCAGACUGGGAUGAUUUCUCACAUCCCAUGGAGCAAGUAACCAGAGACAAUAAAAUGGAGUUAACUAAUCUUGGCCAAUUUUGCAACUACAGUAUAGAAGUGUGUGCAUUUACCAAUAAAGGUGAUGGUGUUAAAAGCCAUCCAAUAUUUUGUAGGACAUUGGAGGAUGUUCCCAGUGAACCUGCAGACAUAAAGGCUCUUAUAAUGGAUUCAAGAACAGUUUUAGUCUCUUGGAGGCCUCCACAAUACCCAAAUGGCAGAAUACAGAAGUACAAAAUAUAUGUGAGAUCACUGGAUGGAAUAGGUUUGGACAAGGACAACUUUGAAAUCCCUGCAGAACAGACAUUUUACACUAUCUCUCAUUUGGAGCUGCACCAUCGUUAUGAAUUCUGGGUGUCAGCAUUUACAGCAGUAGGAGAAGGUGCUGGAUCCAGACAUAUUGUGCAGGCUCCAGCAAGUCAUGUACCUGCACGAAUAGCAUCUUUCACACAACAGGUGAUAGCUGUACUUCAUGAAGACUUGCACCUAUCUUGCCACUCUGUUGGAGAACCUGCACCACUUCGUCUCUGGAGAAAGAAGGAUUACAAAUUUAUGGUGUAGAAUCGUGAGAAACAUAAAAAUGGAGAACAGAA